AUGAAGACGACUACUUCUGCAAUGGUACUCGCCAUGGCGCUUCUCGCCAGCCUGGCGUCUGCGACCAACCUCUGGGUUGGGUAUGGGAGCGCGAACGGGCGUGGAAUUGCGCCGCUGAACAUCACGGGUGGGACGGUUUUUAUGGGCCCGACCUCGAGGGCCGAGGCGAUCCGACAGCCUUGGAUGGAGCCGAUUGUGGGCAAGACUGAUUGCGGUAAGGCGAUCGGCUUUAUGGACUCGCUGGAGUACAACCGGUACAACUACGUCGAGAUCUGCGACGACGCCGCGACGUACUCCAAGCCAUUCGUGCCGUCCAUCGGCUACUCGCGCUCGUGGAUCGCCGCCGGCGUGGCGCCCGUCUCGGGCAAGCCGAUCGGCAUCUCGAUGUCCUACUCCAGCCAGGGCCCUGUUGUUGUGCUCUUUGAUUCGCAGACGGCAAAGCCGGUGUCGGAGGUUGACUCGGACGUUGCCGCCGCCGGCCGCCCGUCGGCUAUGACCUGGAUGACCGACUCGUUCGGCUCGAUCGAAGGCGCCAUUGUGCAGUACUCGACUGGCUCCAGCUGGCAGGCCGUCAACGUGCCGGUCGACGGCGGGCAGGCGUCAAUUGUGGCCUCGGGCUCCGACGAUCCCUACAUUGCACUCGCGCAGGGCUUCUUCUUCUCCACUUCCAAGGAGCUGUACGGCCUCCGCGCCGGCUCGGCUGGCAACGUCACCUUUGUCACCUCCGACUCGUCCAACCCGCUUGACGCGCCCAAGGUUGUUGCCCAGCUCCCUCAGGAGAUCUACUCGUGCGCGUCAACGAUGGCUGUCUCGACGCGCACCGCCUACGUUCUCUGCUCGCAGCGCGGCCAGAACUCGGGCUCGCCCAACGUGCUUGUUGAGAUCCACGCCGGCCUCGGCACCGUCAACACCUACCCGCUUGAGUUUGCCAGCACCUCGUACGCCUUUGGCUACCUUGUCAACAUCUAG